UUCCAGCCUCUCUUCCGAUCCUUUUCCCAUGGGUGACACCUUCAGACCUCCAUCCCCCCGCCCCCAACAUCUCGGUGAUGCCGGUGAAGCCACGGUUCCUCAUCGGUGACACCAUGUCCAUCAUCUGCACCGCGCCGGCGAGCAAGGACAGGAUCCAAGGGUUCCGCUUUUCCAGGAUGCCCGGUUUGGUCACGGACUUCCGGUCGUCCAAGAGGACCUUUGUCCACACCUUCAACAUCACCGGCCCGCAGGACGGGGGCUCCUACACCUGCUCCUACACUGUCUUCCGGGGAUCCCACAGCUCCACCCAGUCCCUGAAGAGCCAGGCUGUGGUCAUCAACGUCCAAGAUCGUCCAGCCAAACCCAACUUGACGGUGACACCUUCCAGUGUCACCAUUGAAGGGCAGCCCCUUGUCUUCUUCUGCGCGGCCCCACCGGGUGACGCCGAGAGGAGAUUUGGGUUCUUCCAGGGGGAACUCAAGGUCACGGACGGGAUCCAGGAAGAUUCCGGAGGCGCCGGCACCCGGCUGCAGGUGGAGAAGAGUGGCCUGAACCAGACCGGGAAUUUCAGCUGCCGCUACGAGGAGAUGACUGAGGGCCGUUGGAUCGAGUCCUACGCCAGUGACGCCAUCCAGGUCAUCGUCAAAGAUCCGUGUCCUCCCCCGCAUCUGUCCGUGGAGCCGCCCUCGGGCGUGGUGGCCGUGGGUCACCGGCUCCGCCUGACCUGCGCCGCACCCCGGGACGACUUCCGGCGGCGCUUCCGCUUCUUCUGGGAUGGGGCCGAGGUGACAUCGGGCACCGGCGACACCAGGGACACCAGGGACGGCGCCGAGCUGCUCUUCCCACAGAUUUCCCAGGAACUCGCCGGGAAUUUCAGCUGCCGGGUGGAGGAGGAGGUGGGCGGGGCCUGGGUGGAGGCCCCGCCCAGCCGGGGCGUGGUCGUGGUGGUCAGGGGCCCUCCCUCCCAGCCCAUCCUCCUCCUGUCCCCUCCCUCGGACGCUCCGGACGGCUCCGAAUCCCAAAUUUCCCUCACCUGCCUCGUCCCCUCCCCCUCCGGCGACGCCCAGCGCCGCUUCCGCUUCUACCGCGAUGGCUCCGAGACCACCAUGAGCCCCCUGGCCGAAAUCUCCAUCCCCGUCCCCUCUGCGGCCGCGGCCGGAGCCGGACACUUCAGCUGCCAGUACGAGGAGGAGCUGGACGGCCGCUGGGUGCUGUCCCCACCCAGCGCCACCGUCACCCUCCCCGCCCCUGCCCCAGCUCAGUUUGGGCUCCUCCCAUUGGUCAUCGGCGUCGUCGUAGGCGUGGCCGUGCUGCUGCUGGGGCUCCUAUUGGCUGCUUGGCUGUGCCGGAGGAGGAGGGGUGGUUCCCGCUGGCGGGGGCUGCGCCCCGGGGACGACACCGGGGCCUUCCCCAUGGGGGACGUCGAAGUGGCCAACUGAGGCUGGCCACGCCCACCAAGAUGGCCGCCUCUGCCGCCGAGACCACGCCCCCAAGAUGGCCCAAACCACGCCCCCCAGAUGGCUCAAACCACGCCCCCAAGAUGGCUCAAACCACGCCCCCAAGAUGGCUCAAACCACGCCCCCAAGAUGGCCAGCAGCGCAAAAGACACGCCCACAAAAUGGCGCCGAGACCACGCCCCAAGAUGGCCACCAGAAUAAAGGGCACGUCCCAAAUAUGGCUGACAUUGCUGAGGCCCCCGCCCACAAGAUGGCUGCGGUGGGCGGUGCCGGGCCAAGGCAGCCAAUGAGGAUUGGUGGAUCCUGGCGGCGCCGUGUACUGAUUGGCCAAUUCUGGGCUGUGCGUGGAUUAUGCAAAUGAGAUGCUAAUGAGGGGUGUGA